AUGGGGUCCGUGAGUGCGGGCAGCGUGCAGGCAAUCACGGGCGCUAUUCAGAUCGCGAGACGCGUUUUCUCUGUCGGGGAGCUGCUGGCGGAGGUCGAGGCGGAGAAGCGCGCCAAGGGCAAGAAGGGCAAGAAGAAGAAGAAGAAGGGCGGCGCGGCGGGCGGGGCGGGGUCGUCGCAGGAGGCCGAGGAGGGUGCCGAGGCGCCGUCGGAGGCAGACGCAGCCGAGGCGGCGAAGAAGGCCGAGGAGGCGAGGCUUCUCCUGCUUCUCGAGAAGUGUCACGAGGAGAGGAUGCGGUUCGGCAUCACGGCGGAGACGUCGGUCGAGGGGCUGGCGGAGGCGCUGGGAGAGGCGGCGGACGAGGCGAGCGAGGAGGAGGGCGACGAGGAGACGGCGGAGGCGGCAGCGGAGGCGGCAGCGGAAGCGGCAGCGGAGGCGGCAGCGGAGGCGCGCCGGCAGGCUGAGGCGGAGGCGGCGGCUGUGGCAGCGGCAAAGGAGGAGGAGGCUGCCGCAGAGGAGGAGGAGGCGGAGGAGGCGGCAGUAGCGGCGGCCGAGGCAGCAGCGGCGGCGGCAGAGGCGGCUCUCGCCGCAGCCAAGGCGAGGCGCGCGUCAGGUGCCGCUGCGAGGGCCAGGGCGCGGGAGGCGGCCUAG